CAACACUGUGGUAUAGCAUUGCCUUAAAGUUAGAGAAGGGAGCAGGACCCAGAUUUUCUAGGAGUUCCCGCUACAAUGUCAGCCACAAAGGGUGGUGCAUGCUCCAGCAAACCUGGGAGCCUUGGGCUUGGAACCCAAGACCACAGAGAUGCACAACUGAGACUUGUCUUAGUGGGUAAGACUGGAGCAGGAAAAAGUGCAACGGGCAACAGCAUCCUUGGAGAGAAAGUGUUUCUUUCCAGCCUUGCAGCAAAAUCAGUCACCAAGGUCUGUAAGAAAGGGGGCAGCCGGUGGCAAGGGAGAGAACUUGUCGUCGUGGAUACGCCUGGCAUUUUCGACCCGGAGGUACGGGAUGCUGACACUGGCAAGGAGAUCGCUCACUGCAUCCUCCUGACCUCCCCUGGGCCUCAUGCUCUGCUCCUGGUGGUCUCGCUGGGCCGGUACACGCAGGAAGAGUUCAAGUCCACGAAGAAGGUUCUGGAAAUGUUUGGAACCCAAGCUAGGAGAUACAUGAUUCUCUUAUUCACCCGGAAAGAUGAGUUGGAGGGCAUGAGUUUCCAUAAAUUCUUAGAGGACGCUCCAGACAGCAUGCGAGAGCUGGUGGAUGAGUUUGGGGAUCGCUACUGCCUGUUCAACAAUCGGGCGACAGGAGCUGAGCAGGAGGCCCAGAGAACGCAGCUGCUGGCCCUGGUCCAGCGCGUCGUGGUGGAGAACAAAGGAAAGUGCUUCACCAAUAAGAUGUACCAAAAGGCCGAAGAGGAGAUUCAGAAACAAGUCCAAGUGACACAAGAUUUUUACAGAGCAGAGCUAGAGAGACGGAUAGUGCAGAUCAGAGAGGAGUUCGAAGAGAAAAUCAGAAAGCUGGAGGACAAACUGGAGCAGCAGAAACAAAAGGAAGAAAUGGAGCGAGAAUUAGCAGAGAAGGAGGCUCUCUAUGCUCUAAAGCAGCAAAAUGCCAGAGAUGAAGUUGAGAGUCAAGGUGGGAUACUUGACUUAAUCAUGCAAGCAUUGCAGAUUGCUCAAUUUGUUUUCUUACUUCUGUUUAAGGAAGAUUAAACGGAAUGCAAAGAUCUAUUUCCUGCAUGUUUUCUGGUGGUCCUGCCCCCACAACUCAUUCACCAAAGUCAGAGCGCUCUCAGCUGCGUCUCCCAGGCUCUCCCAACUAAGCGAUGUAAUAAAGUUCACUGUUAGUGAUCGGCAGAGGUUUGGUUGACUUAACAGGGGAGGGACAAAUUGUCAGUUUGUGGAACUCCAAAGCAGAAAGUAUGGAUGCUCUCUACCUUGUGAAUUCUUCAAAGAAGAUGACCCCAAACUUUCUCUUUUGCUCCCUAGUAAAAGUUUCUCCUCUAGAUUCUUCCUAGAUUGCUGGAUCAUCUGCCUCUGUGACGUCUACUCCCUUAUUUUCGCCUUUAGGACACAGUGAUCACCUCACCCAUAUGGUUUGUUAGACAGAUUGGUUUUGUGUUGGGUAAUCUAUAGAUGGAGAGACUUAUAGAAUUCUUUCCAGAUGAUUGGAAAUUUGUUUAAUUACAUUUUUACAGAAGGACUCAAAUUGUUCCUUAUCAGCUGCCCAUUGAAGAACAAAGAGUCGUCUGGAAAAGAGAUCUCUCGGAACUCAACUAAGUGAAAUGCCAGAGAGAGUGGACAACAGACAGAGAUUCAGCACAUAAGGGAACAACGUUUGCUGUGUUCAGACACAUCUAUAGCAGCUCUUUGACCCAAUUCAGUGUAAUAUAUUUGCUGAAUUAACCAGUUCUCUCCUUUUCUUGUGAAACUCACUGUUGCUACCACACCUUGAUUACUUACUGCUUUGACGGUCAUCCGCACACUACCACCCCCCACCCAGUUGAAUUGCUUGCUUCUUGUUACUAUAAUAAAACUUUUCU